AUGCAAGUGAAGGUUGUGCUCCCGAGCGGUGAGGUCAAUGUGCCUGUGGAGCCAAAUUCCACGCCUGGACACCUCAAGGAAAAUCUAAAGUACAGCAUCCGCGUGCCUCCAAAGCAGAUCAAGCUUACAUGCGAAGGCCGGGAGCUCGACGACAUCAAGCCGCUAGUGGGUGAACCAAACAAUGUCACGGAUGGGGCGGUGCUCGUUGCAGAGAGGCGAGAAGGUGUCGUGGAGGACGAAUCGAUCGUCCCGAAAUCAUCGCCGCCACCGGCCAUGAUUCGCAAGGAGGAGCCUCCUAAGCCGAAGAAGCCCAAGAAGGAUGUCGUGAGACCGACCUUGUCUGAGGGAGAUGUCAAGAAAGACAAGACGCUUUCGCCAGGGCACCAGGGUUGGGCAGCGAAGUCCGCAUACCUUGAGGCCAAGUCGAAGAAGCGACACAUGGCCUUUUUGAAGAUUGAGAACAGCGAGGAAAAGAAGGCUUAUCCAGAACACGAGGAUUUCUCGGUUGCGCUGCCUUUGGGAGAUCCGCAGUGCUCUCCUGUGUGGACAGCAGUAGUGCAGCAGCUGGAGAUUGGCGAGAGAGCCAGUUUUACGCUUUCGCGCAAGGUCCUGGAUUUCAAUCCAGAAAGCCUAGCUCCAGAUGACUACUGCUCAACAUGGGAGGUGGAGCUGAUCCGCGUGGCGGAAGUUGAAGACGUGGCGGAAGACUUUCAGCAGCUUCUGGAAAUCGAGAACAGCGGUUCGAAAGAUCGGGCAGAGGACUUGGAUGCUGCGGCUGUGCACUGGCGUGUUCGGAGGUGGAUGCCUGAGGGCACAUUUUGCAUUGCCAGCAGCCGGGAGCGAAUUGCCAUUUUGCCCGGCUAUGGUUUAGUGCCCAUUGAAGACCAGAAUGCACCUCCGGUGUCCGUUGCUGUUGGCGAAGGCCAACAGGAGGCAGUGGAGCUCAUUGCAUCCCGCGUUGGCCCGGGUGGCAAGGGCCACCUCUACCUCAAGAGCCAGGCUUUGAAAGCAAAUCGGCCAAACGGCUGUGUCAUCAUGGAUGUGGAGCUGGUCGCCUUGGAUCCCUGCCGAGGGCCUGGCACGCCAGGCUGGAGGGGGUGGCAGAGCCUUAUCAGCGAGCGUGAGACUGGCGACAGCUGGCUGGACGAAGCGGAUGGCCGAAGGAAGCAGCUCGAAACUUUCGGGACUCUGCGGAAGUCCACCGAGGACUCCAAGGGUGCGGAAGCACAUGUGGCAGAGCAGGUGCACAAAUACGCCUAUAACGCAGAACGCCGCUAUCGGCGUGGCCUCAAGUGGAUAGACAUGGACAAGAAGGACGAUCGCAAGCUGCAGCUUGAGCAGGCAACGCUGAGGAUGAGGCUAGCAAAGGCAAUGUCGCUUGCUCACAUGCGAUUCGGCGAGAAUCCGGAGCCAGCGGGCGAAGCUGAGAAGGCGGCGUUGAAAGAAGCACGCCAGCUGCUAGCAGAGGUUUUGAAAGUCAGCGAGGCUCUCAACAACGACUCCGUGAAGUAUGAAUGCAUGAAAAUGAAUCUGCAGGUAUGCAUCCAAGAUGAAGAUGUUGCCGAAGCUAGAAAAGUACUCUCGCAGUUGCAGGAGGAGAGGCCUGACGAUGAGGACCUCAAAAGCGACAACGCCAGGAUCAACCGACUUGAGAACGAGCUCUCACUGAAGAAGGGAGCUGGCACUGUAGAGGAGCUGCAGAAAGAUCUGCAGCAAGCCGUGACUGCAGGCGACAAGCCGAAAGUUGGUGAGAUCCUUGAAGCGUUGCUAGGGAUGUUCAAGGAGAGCAAGGUGACCUAUGAUGCAGUCAAGAACUGCAAGGUUGGCAAAGAUGUGGGCAAUGCAAUGAAAAUGGGAGACCCCGACAUUGCUGCCCUUGGUCGAAAGGCAGUCGGCGAGAUCCAGGCUCUUGCGCAGAGGGCGGCGCUGGGCAUCUAA